AAGAAGAAGAAGAAGAAGAAGAAGAAGAAGAAGUAGUAGUAGGGGUUCGCUUGAUUUCCUUCACUGCUGCGUCUGGGAGGGGCGGCUCUACAUCCCGCUGACGGAAAAGUGUCUCUGAGGAUUUAGAAAAACAAGCACAUUGAAUUCACGUGUCGCUUUCUGAGUGCGUCAUUGCCCUGACGCUGUGCAUGCGGUGUAUCUGGAGCAGCAGUAAACGGUUAUUUUCCUGGACACUUCUUCACCUUUAUUCAACAACAUGUCAUCUUUACUGAAAGUCGACCGCGAGCUGAAGAGCAAAGUGGAGACGUUCAGGACUCAGAUCAGCAGUGAGGCUGAGCACCUGGUCGCCUGCUUCUUCCCAAAAAAGCUCCUGGAGUUGGAUCAGUUUCUCAGGGAGCCGAUUCUCAACGUGACUGACCUGAAGGAAAUCCACUCGGAGAUCAAGUUCAGAGUCCCAGAGCCCAUCCUCUUCACCAACAGCCAUGACGGCAUGGACACGAACACCAGGAAGAGGAAACUUGACGAUGGACUCGCUGAUGAGAGCUGGCAAGGCGGAACCAAAACAGCUGUGAUGCCGGAGGGGAUAAUAAAAUGCAACACCAAGCUGGUGGACCUGAUCGAACGAGUCAAACCAGAGAUCCGCACGCUGAUCGAGAAGUGUAACACAGUGAAGAUGUGGGUCCAGCUGCUCAUCCCCAGGAUAGAAGAUGGAAACAACUUUGGAGUGUCCAUACAGGAGGAGACGGUGGCAGAGCUGAGGACAGUGGAGUCAGAGGCAGCAUCUUACCUGGACCAGAUCUCCAGAUAUUACAUCACAAGAGCCAAGCUGGUCUCCAAAAUUGUCAAGUACCCUCACGUGGAGGACUACAGGAGGACCAUAUCAGAGAUCGAUGAGAAGGAGUACAUCAGUUUGAAAAUCAUCGUCUCAGAGCUCAGGAACCAAUAUGUCAUCCUUCAUGAUAUGAUCCUGAAGAACAUUGAGAAGAUCAAGAAACCAAGAAACAGCAACGCUGAAGCUCUUUACUGACAACCUACACACACACACACACACACACACACACACACACACACACACACACACACACACACACACAAGCUCAGUCAACAAUACUGACCAAUAAUUCUAUUUUUUGUCGUGGACUAUCUGAUAUUUUUCGGUUUUUACAACCUCGGGACAAUUCACGACGUGUCACAUCAGACGCUACUUGGGCAGAUAUUUGCUGUUGCCGGGCUCACUGUACUAUCUGUAUGACCCCAGCUGUGUGGGUCCAUAGUGAGCUAGAGUAAUCCAUUAAUAUGCUUUUAAAAAAGCACAGAUACAUUUCAGCUGUUCCUUUUGGCCUGACCCUGCAUUCUCCCACAUCUGACACGUAACCAUCAGUCUUGACUUCUCAGUACUCUGCAGCGUGACCUCUGACUUUUCCCCAUAAGUACCGGGCUGCAAGCUGUAGUGACAAAGCCCCCCCUCCCAUCUGCUCCACUGGGACUGAAGCUCAGAGCCUCCUGCUGCUUCUCUUCCUGUCAGGGUCCUGGUUGAGUUUUGCUCUCAUGGAUGCCGUGCCUCUCCCAGGAUUUAUUGUCAGUUUUUUUUAGCUCCUUCCUUUUUAUUUAGUUCAUACCCCGUAUCUGGAACUUGGAAAAAAUUGGAAUUUAAAACUCCAACUCCAGCGAGUCCUCUCCUGGUGGCCCUUAAACUGUCAAGAACUCCCAUCUCAAACAAUAUGCAGAGAUGCGACUGAAAAGCUUAUCCGGCAUGACUCCAUUCCUCAUUUUUUAGUCUUGGUCUUGACGUGAAGAAUAUUUUGUAUUCUUCCCCCUGCCCACUUUCUUUCUUGUCUAGUGCUUGUUGUAUCUUAGCAUCAUACUGUUACUCUGACAUUUCAAGAAAAUAGCCAUUUAGCCUGCCCUCCUUUUACUGUGACACCCUAGCCAAACCCAAAGGAAAAAAGAGUGUCUGUAGUUCCAUGAAGCUGUAUAGUUUUUAAGGCCCUGCACAGUUAAUAUCGGUUUCAAUCUGGACUCUUCAGUUUUCCCCAGAUGUAUUCUGCUAUAAUAAUGUUAUUUUGUAUUUUGUUCACAUUGUGAUGCCAUAUUGAAGCCCGGUGCUUUAAUAAACUUUUGCAACUGACCUUAUGGGAAAUUAAAAAGUCACGUCCAGGAUCGCCUUUAAAGUGCAUGCACAAAUGUUUUUAUUUCAACUUUUUAUGCAAAUAAAGUGUUAAAGGAACAAAUCUCUCUGUGUGCUUGAAAAUGUGGUCGAAACAAAUUCAAAAUCAAUUGAAAUGUAUAUCCAUGUAACAUUUUAUUAAAAUAAUUCACCAUAA